AUCCUUCUCUUUCUUUCAUCGCUCCCUUCAGCUUUCUAGGGUUUAAUCGGCAUCUCUUCUUUUCCUCUCACAACCCCACUGCAAAGUCAAUCUCUCCUUGAUUUCUCGCUCUCUAAAAUCCACAUUCAGUUGCGGAUAGAGGAUUUACACAUGCUGGGUAGUUUUCAGCAGUGAAGCCUCAUGUGAGAGUGCAGCCUUUUUACAGAUUCGUGUCCGAACCCUUUGAAGGUUGUGAGCAACUGCUAGUUAUAUACUAUUUCUGCAACAGCCACAAAAGCAAUUUUCUGGAUUAUAUUGAAAGAUGAUUGGGAAUUCCUUGGUCCAAGUCUCAACAUGCCCCACAAUGUUGUCUCUGUCACGUUUUUCUUCAAAUAGCUUGCCUCAUCUCCCUCCAAGAUCAGCAAGACUAACCCGGAUAAGGGCUACAUCUGCUAAUACUGGACACACUCAACCUCCUUCCUCUUCUAAGAAAGACGGGAACAUACUUGCAGUUGUAUUGGAUGCUCCUCGUACUAUUUGGAGGCAAACAUUACGACCAUUGAGUGAUUUCGGAUUUGGCCGUAGAAGCAUAUGGGAAGGUGGGGUAGGGCUGUUUCUAGUCUCAGGGGCCGUUCUCCUUGCACUAAGUGUGGCUUGGUUGAGGGGUUAUCAAUUGCGGUCCAGAUUCAGGAAGUACUUCGCUGUGUUUGAGUUCACUCAAGCUUGUGGAAUAGUCACUGGAACGCCAGUGCGGAUCAGAGGGGUCACUGUUGGAAAUGUGAUCCGUGUUAAUUCUUCCUUGCAAAGUAUCGAAGCUGUUGUUGAGGUUGAAGAUGAUAAAACUGUCAUACCUCGAAAUUCACUGAUUGAGGUAAAUCAGUCAGGUCUUCUCAUGGAGACAAGAAUUGACAUUACUCCUAGGGAUCCAAUUCCUAAUAUUUCAGUUGGGCCUCUUCAUCCCGAAUGUGACAAAGAAGGUAUGAUUGUAUGUGAUAGGCAAAAGAUGAAGGGAAAUCAAGGAAUUAGUUUAGAUGCAUUGGUAGGCAUAUUCACGCGUCUAGGACGUGAAGUGGAGGAGAUUGGUAUUGCAAACACCUAUGCACUUGCUGAGCGCGUUGCUGCUGUUAUAGAAGAGGCAAAGCCACUUUUGAAAAAGAUCGAAGCCAUGGCUGGAGAUGUUCAACCUUUAUUGGCUGAGAUUCAUGAUAGUGGUCUGCUAAAGGAAGUUGAGACUUUGACCCAAAGCCUCACGCAAGCCUCAGAAGAUUUGAGGAGAGUGCACUCGUCAAUUAUGACCCCUGAAAAUACAGAACUGAUUCAGAAGUCCAUAUACACUUUGAUCUUCACCAUGAAGAACAUUGAGAAUAUUAGCUCUGAUAUAUUGGGUUUCACGGGUGACGAGGCCACAAGAAAAAAUUUGAAGUUACUCAUCAAGUCUCUCAGCAGGCUAUUAUGAAGAUAAGAGGUGGAUUCGAUAUAGCUGCUUAGUGCUUACCUUAGUUGAGAUGGCCAAUUAUGGUCUCUCACAUGUAUUGGAACUGUGUAGAGGAGGGUAAAAUGAAGUGUCGCCUCAUGGCCCUUUCUUUUUUCUACUUGAGAUAUUUUGUUGUGUUUUGUGUUUCUUUUAUCAAUGCACAUAAGGGCUUUUACCGAGA